CAUGCGCCGCAGCGCGAGUGGGUGGGUGAGCGACGGAGCCGGGGCUGGAGCGGCGGAGGGGCGAAGGAGCCGAGCUGCCCGCGAUGACGCCUCCUUGGGGGAUGAACCGAUGUAGCACAGACAACUACUGCCAACAUGAAGAUCAGAAUGUUACGUAUCCAGGUUACAAAUCUGUCCAUAUCUCUGCUUUGAAGCAGAAUGGACUCCUGCAAUCAUUGUCGGCAACACCUAAUGGAUGCAGAGAAGCAGAUGUUAGUGCGGAGGUCCUGCAAGCCAGGGAAGAGUGGGAUUCUGUGGCAAAUGUACUUCCUGGAGGAAUAUUGGAAAAGUCUUUUGGCCCCAUACCCUUGAUCUCUUUCAAUGAAGCACUGCAGUAUUUUCAAACAACAGAUCUCUCCGACUGCAGGAAAAAGAUUCAGCCAACACUUCAAAGAAGAGGGCUGGCUGCUAUUGCCCAUUUCCUCUUCGGUCCGCCCCGCCUCUAUCAACAACUGCAAAGUGAGAGGGACUUAGCCCUGGCAAUAGCCCAGUGUAGCUUGGACAACAAUGAAAAAGUGCACAUGCGGAUCCUGCAGACAAUCUACAAGAAAUUAACAGGCUCACGAUUUGAUUGCGCCCGUUACGGAGCCCAUUGGGAGAACCUGGGAUUUCAAGGCUUGGAUCCAGGCACAGAUCUCCGUGGGACUGGAUUGCUAGGAUUGAUGCAAAUACUAUAUUUUGUAAUGGAUUCUCGGAUAUUGCCUGUAGCUCGGGAGAUUUUCAGGCUUUCCCAUCAUGAAACACAGAAUUUCCCUUUCUGCGUGAUGUCUGUGAAUAUUACUCGCAUCGUAAUCCAAGUACUAAGGGAAGAACGCCUUUCUAGAGAAUGUAAUCGAAGACAGCAGGUGAUUGCGGUGCUAAAUGAUUUGUACGUGGCUGUAUUUUUACGCCUCUUCAAUAUUUGGAAAACACAACAAAAGACCAUUUGUGAUUCUGGUUUUGUUCUUAAAGACUUGGAGAUAUUUGCCAAAAGAAACCCAAAGCAACUGCUAAAACAUUUGGAGAUGUAUAUGAAUGGGUGUACUGUUUCAGCCGGGGAAGAUGGUUUCCAAGCCCAUGCUUCAGAAGUUCUUGGCUCCAACAUAAACUCUCUUAUCACUGACAAUAAAGGGUUAACAUUUACUGGAAUAGGUGAUCUGCCGGUUGAGAGAGAACAAGAGAGCUGAGUUGGAUCCAAACGGACACUCCAGUCUUUGUACAUGAUUUAUCGAUAAAGCCAGUUGAUGUCAUCUACCAGGGGCUCUGCAGCUAUGCUGUUGAAGUGCUUGAAAUCCUGAAGUGCUUGAAAUACUGCUAAAGUAGAUGUGCAAGGCUUCCGUUUUGGGGCCAGGGCCAUUAAACAGCUGCAGAAGGAACCCCAGGGGAUGGAUUCGGAUCAAGGGCAAACUGCAGUUUCCAAAAUGGAGCCGUCGGGACAGGAUCCAUUCAUCCCAGCCCUCUUUUAAAACAGGAAUGUACAUCUGAUUUCUCUGAAGUCCUAUUGAAAAUAAAAUAUUCUCCCAGUUACCAGGGUUUAAGACAACAUCAGUCGAAUGAGCUAAGAAAUCUGUAUUUACGCGUUGCUGAAUCUGAGCUAUAGUGAGCCUUGAAUUGCUGCUGCACAACCAAAGGCUUGUCACGGGCCUACAUUUCCAUCAAUUAGAUGUUUUGUAGAAAUAUAUAAGACAAAAAGCUGUUAAAUCCUUAUGUUCUAUCAACUGGGAAACAUCAGUUUUCAAUGUGUACCUGGUUUUUGUUUCUUUUAUGAGCUGUUGUCAAUAAGAACCACUAUAUAUCUUGAUGUUGCAACUAUCCAACAUGUAUGCUGUUGAGUAUGGUAACAAAACCAGCAGUGAAAACUCACUAUUUAAACAUUUACCAUAUCAUGGUUGUAACUUUGAACUUAAGCAAUCUGUAGCCUCCAACCAUAUGAUACAUCCAGUCUUGUCCUUGCCCCAUUCGACCACAAUCCCAGAUUUUUGUGUGGCUGUUGGUGGUCAUUGAAGUGGUACUUCUAGGCUAACCAUGUGACUGAAGGCUUUGAAUGUCCAUCUUGUGUAGUGGAAGCUGCCACCUCAUGGCAACUGUCACGUAAUUUCCUUAAUGACUCAUUUCCUACUGUGACAAUAUCAUUUGGACAUCCUUUCAGGCAUACCAGCUAUAUGUAAAAAAUGCUUGAUGGGAGGCUUUUCCAUUAAACAUAUUAUAAUCUUCAA